AUGCCGGAGCUUACUUCUUCUUCCGUCUCCCACUCACGUCUCUCCCCGCUGUUGCAUCCCUCUUCCCACUUGCACCGAUCCCUCUCUCCUCACUAUGUUGUGCGCAACCGCAACAGGCGGGGGGCAGCAGCAGCAGGCCUGAGGACCGAGCAAGGUAGGGAAGGAGAGGAGAGUGGCAGUGCUGUGGAUGGUGCUCAUGCGGACGACCAGAGCGCCCUGGCUCAUGCACAUGACUUGCCGCCUAAGGUGCAUCUAUGGCAGCAUCAUGAGUCACUCUCCUCGCGCCAUCUCUCCGACUCCCUCUCCUCAGUGCACCACUACUUUGACUACAGGUGCCCAGGGGGGCAGGAGGGAACUAUCCCUAAGAGCAGUGCGGGCAUGGCAGCGGUGGGCGGGCGGGCAGCGUCGGACUGGUGGGCGGGGCGGUUCCAGGCAGGGCUGCUGGUGGAGGGCGGCAUGCAUGCACGAUACGGCCACGUGCAGCAUGCCAUGGGGGUACGUGUGGGUCUGUGGUGCAUGCAGCAUGCAGCAUUCCAUGCCAUCUGCCACCUCCAAUCACAGACUGCCACGUCAGCUGCGCCCCGCCAGCUGGCAGUACUGGGAGCCCCCAACUCGCUGCAGCAGCCAACACUGCUGGAGGGGGGAGUGUGGCGCGGUGGGGGGAGGAGCGGAGGGAAGAAAGGGGGAGUUGGGGGCGAGGGGAUUGUGGGGGGAGAAAAAGGGGCGCAUGGGGGCGUGGGUGGGGAAGGGGGAGGAGGGGCGGCAGUGGCAGGCGGCGUGCAGCAGCAGGUGUGUGUGCUGCUGCAGCGCUGCCUGGUGCGUGCCGCCCAGCUGAGAUUGCCGCGGCUCGUGUUUGCCAUCCAGCUACUGCUCACUCGCUACACUGUUGAGCACGCAACGGACGGGAGAGCACUCCACACCACCACGUCCCUCUCUCUUCCUCCCUCCGACGUCAACCCGUCCCCUCUCCUUGUCUGCCAACCGUGCUACUGA